AUGUUGUUAAUGUAUCUAGGCUGAAAUUUACAAUACCUAACAUUAUGACCAUAGAAAAAAGAUUAACACAUUAUUACUUAUACUUAUUAUUAAGGUUUAUAUACUUAUAGUUAAAGUCUGAAGUCCGAUGAGUCAUUUGUCACCCAUCAUUUUGUAGUAUCACAGUUAUAGACAUUUUACAAUCAUUAUCUGCGUUGAAUAUAUUUGUUAAAAAUCGAUUCGAACGCUACUUGUUGCAUAAUUAAAAAGUUGACAGUUUUACGAUUGUACUUAUUAUUAUUAAAAAUUAUUUUAUUCUUUUUGUUAUUAUAACUUCUAGAUUUUUUUAGUUAAUUUUUAGGUCGUGUUUUACAUAAAAAGCAAAUGGCAACAUUUAGUUCACCUAUGCCUUCAAGAGAAUUUUUAUGGGAUGUAUUCCAAAGAGUGGAUAAAGAUAGAAGUGGAUUUAUCUCUGCUGAUGAAUUGCAAAUGGCACUAUCCAAUGGCACAUGGACUCCGUUCAACCCCGAAACUGUUCGUCUGAUGAUAGGAAUGUUUGAUAAACACAAUAGAGGAACAGUGUCUUUCGAUGAUUUUGGUGCUCUCUGGAAGUAUGUAACAGAUUGGCAAGCCUGUUUUAGAUCAUUUGAUAGAGAUGGAUCAGGAAAUAUAAAUGCCUUAGAAUUAAAAGAUGCACUAACAUCAUUUGGAUACAGACUUAGUGAGCAAAUUGUAAAUGUAAUGCUCAAAAAAUUUGAUAGAUUUGGGCGUGGUACAAUACUUUUUGAUGAUUUCAUACAAUGUUGUGUUGUUCUGCACACAUUAACAUCUGCUUUUCGUCAUUAUGAUAGUGAUCAAGAUGGAUAUAUAACUAUUCAUUAUGAACAAUUUUUAAACAUGGUAUUUGGUUUAAAAAUUUAGUUUUAUAACUAAAAUUUAUUAUAAAACAAAAAUUUAAUUUAUUUUUCAAAUUAUUAAUAGUUAAAAUACUGAAAAUGUUUGUAUUGAAGUAUAUAUUUAUAUAAAAUGUGUAAUUGUAUUUAAUAAAAAGUAGCAUAACAUUA